AUGCAAGGGCAAGAAGAAGUGGUACUAAGGGGUUCAAAGUGCCAAGACUGUGGGAACCAAGCCAAGAAGGAAUGCUCAUACUCUAGGUGUAGGACUUGCUGCAAGAAUAAAGGGUUUGAGUGCCCAACCCAUAUCAAGAGCACUUGGACUCCUGUGGAUAGGAGGCGCCAGAGGGAGCAGCUACAACCUUCUCCCCCUACUUAUCAAGGAGAGAUUCCUCAAAAGCACAAGCAGAUCAACCCAUAUUCAGCUAGUUUCGAGUUCAAAUUUCCAGCUGCUAUGAAUUCCAUGGCUAUAUUUCGGUGCGUUCAGGUUCGUUCUAUGGAUGAUGCGGUUAAUGAAAUCGCAUAUCAAACAUCUGUGAACAUUGGAGGACAUUUAUUUAGUGGUCUUCUAUAUGAUCAAGGUCCUGAACAAAGCUAUCAUAGGGGUGACAGUUCCAAGGGUCUUGUUGAUCAGCAGCAGAAUCUUGAUCUUACCAAUGCUUCAGUCCACACUAGAGAUAGUGGUGCAACUACUACUAUGGCCUCCACUGCUCAUGAUGAGCCUUUGUUUACUGCACCACCAUAUCCAUUUCCCCUUGCUCCUUUCAGGCCCGGUAUGCCAUAUUUCUCAUACCCAAAACCAUAG